AUGCAGCCUCGCCGCCGCCGCGAGGCAUCGACGCAGUCCGAGUGGCCACAGCUGUCUCUGCUCGCCGUCUACAGCGAGACGGCGAUCGUCGCAGAGGCCGACGAGGGCGCGAGGCUCGACGACGCGGCGCUCGAGGCGGCCAAGGUGCUGUGCCUCGUCUCGCCCGGCGGCCAGGAGGCGCUCGAGGGUGCGCGCAGGGGCAGGGUCAUGGGCACCGUCAUGGGCGUCGCUGCGUUCGCUCGGACUCUCGGUCCCGUGGGACAGGAGGCGGCGAGGGCAGUGCACUCGAGCAGGAGACGGAUGUUCUGGUGCGAGGUCGAGCCCGGCUUCUUCGUCCACGCCACCAUCGUCCUGCCGCGUUCUUCUCGACACUCUCGACGCGCGUCGGCCGCGACAACCAGCAGCUCGGCCACCACCUCGACCCCGUCCUUUUCCCUCGACGACGACGUCCUCCUCGCCGACCUCCGCCACGCCUACCGCGAGUACCGCCUGCGACACGGCAGCCUCGUCGCAACGCUCGAGAAGGACGGGACGGAGCACGUCAGGGCGCGGCUCGACGAGUUCUGGCGGGACUGGGCCGAGCGGUGGGACGUGACGGGAGCGCGGGCGCCGGCACCCUUGGAGAGGGUCCUCGACGCCCUGCCGAGCUGCAGCCUCCUCACCCCGUCAACCUCGCCUCAGCUCCUUCCCCUCCUCGCGCAAUUUGCCGCCUCGAACCCCUCGACGCUCCCCAUCCUCCUGCACGACUCGACCGUCCUCAGCCUUCCCGACCUCGCCUCCUCUGCGCGCACCUCUUCACGCGCCGACCACACGCCGCCGCCGCCGCUCGCCAACGAGGACCUCCUCGCCCUCGUGCGGUACCUGCACCGGCUCCUCCCACCUCGCUCUCUCGCCGUCCACGCCGCGGCGAGCGGUGUCGGUGACGCCGUCCAGCACGCCGCGUCGUCCUCUGCCGCCGACGACACGUCGACGAGCUCGUGGACGGCGCCGUUUUCGUCCCUCGCGAGCGGCAUGACCUCCUUCCUCGCUCCCCGACCCAUGUCGUUCGCCCUCUCCUCGCCCUCGUCCCCCUCUUCCCCACCUUCCGCCUCCGUCAACUCGGCGGCGGCUCCCUCGCGCGACGCCAAGGACGUUCGCGGCAAAUCGCUGCGGUCGGGCUUUGCCGCGCUCCGCCGUGCCGAGAAGGACGUCGUCGCCGAGCGUCAGCGCAACGCGCAGCGCACGGCGUCGGGCGGUGGCGCAGAUGCGCGGCCAGAGGGCGAGCCAGGUGCGGGCGAUGGCGCCGGGUGGAGCUUCAGGAGCGUGAGCGGGAGCUGGUCCAGGUUGGGGUUCGGCGGUGGUGCAGCAGCGCCGGCGACAGUCGCCAAGGCCCAGGCCGAGGCGGCGGCGCAUGACGGGUCCACUGCGGGCGCCGAGGAGAACGCGCGAGAUGCGGCGGCGCUCGAGCCGCCGACGACCGAGGGCGACGAGCCGGCGAGCGUGCCGGCCGCCGAGCUCGACCCGGCCGAGGAGGCGACGCCGCAGCACUCGCAGCCGACGACGCCCUUGGUCGAGCUCGCGCCGUCGGUCGACGUCGGCGAGCUCGCAGAGGCGAUGGGUGCGUCGCCGGGCGAGGAGCGGACCGAGGCGGGGGCUCUCGCGGUGGAUGGUGCAGCGCAGGACGCCGGGCCACCUGGCGGCUCGAGCGAGGAGGAGGAUCGAGUGGUCGAGCGGGAGAAGAUGUUCGAGCUCGUGUGCGGCGGCGAGGAGGGCAGCGAGGAGGAGGUCAGGUUCCACCUGCGGCGUUACGAGCGCGGCGCUCUCACGCUCGGUCUCGCCAUGCUGCCCAAGACCGACCAUGCCGCCCUCGCCUGGCUCGACUCGCGCGCCGAGCGCCUCCUCGAGGCCGUCGAGUCGUUGCUCGAGGUCGUCCAGCCUCCUGUACCGGCGUACCCGCAGCAGCACUUUGUCAAGCACGGCCUGCUCGUCUCGGCUUUCUCGCCAAGCUCGUCGUCGUCGCCGCGUGACGAGCCCGGCACCGGGUCCGCCGCCGCACGGCCUGGCUCGGGUCCAGCGACCGACGAGGAGCUCGCGACGACGGCGGCCCUUCUCGACGCGUACCGGUCCCUGCGCUCCCCAACCGUCCCCGUCCUUGAAUCGCUCACUCGCCUCGCGACCCCUUCCACGCCAUGGAUCGUCCACCGCCGCACCGACACCGACCCUCCUCAUUCCUGUUCAUCGUCGUCGUCGACUGUCCCGCGACCCGCCGGCCGGCCGACGGUCGCGCAGAGCGCCACGGACGUGUACGCCGUGCUGUGCGGGCCGAGCGGGAGCGCCAAGGCGAGGGGCAAGGGCGGCGAGAGUGCGGCGAGCAAGAAGGGUGGUGGAGGAGCAGGAGGGGCAGCUGUGGGAGCGGGAGCCGAGAUGAGCCUCGUCGAGGCGGCCGACGAGAUGAGGCGGCUCGUCGGAGCGUACGGGGCGAGGGCCUGAGCGGACCUUCCAGGUGCAUCGACAACUUAUUUUCCGCGUC